CAAAGUCAACUCACAAUCUGUCACACGACGGUCAAGUGCUGAAGUCCCUUUCAUCUUUUAGUGGAUCUUCCGCCGCCGUUCGUCCACCUACCCACCCACGACUUGCUGUUAGUGGAUUUCAUACUGUUAAGUGAUGUGGUCGAGUCGAGUCGCCGUUCGUCGAUUGCAGAAGAUCGCUGCUGCUCAGCUCAGCGUCAGCACCAUGCAGCGGGCGCUGUCCACACUCCCACGCGUCUAUGUCACACGUAGCAUGCCGCCGGACGGAUUGGACAUUCUUAGAAAGUCCGGACAGGUGCAGUUUGAGACGUGGGACUCUGAUGAUCCCGUGCCUCGAGCAGAGCUCUUGAAGAAGGUCAAGGGAGUGGAUGCUCUCUUCUGCGUGCUGACAGAGAAGAUAGAUGCUGAGCUACUGGAUGCAGCUGGUCCAAAUCUGCGGGUGGUGAGCACAAUGUCAGUAGGAUAUGAUCAUCUCUCUCUAGGUGAACUAAAAAAAAGGGGGAUCCGUGUGGGCUACACUCCAGAUGUGCUGACCGAUGCUGUGGCUGAACUGACUGUCGCUCUGCUGCUCUGUACAUCUAGACGCCUCGUUGAAGCCACGCAUGAGGCCAAAACGGGAGGCUGGGGAACCUGGAGGACACUGUGGCUGUGUGGGUAUGAACUGGCCAACAGCACUGUGGGAAUCAUGGGACUAGGAAGGAUUGGAGUGGCCAUUGCUGACAGACUUAAGGCCUUUAAAGUGAAGAAGUUCAUUUAUACAGAUGUGGCUCCCAGGCCUGAGCUGGCCAAUCAGAUUCAGGCAGAAUAUGUCUCUAUGGACGAACUGGCCAAACAGUCUGACUUCCUAGCGGUGUGCUGUGCACUGACACCAGACACUCAGAACAUCUGUAAUAAAGACCUCUUCUCCAAGAUGAAGAAGACCUCUAUCUUCAUCAACACAAGCAGGGGUGGUGUAGUAAAUCAGGAAGAUCUGUAUGAAGCAUUGAACGCUGGAGAGAUCGCUGGCGCCGGAUUGGACGUCACUGUCCCUGAGCCCCUCCCCACCAACCACCCGCUCUUCACCCUGAAGAACUGUGUGAUUUUGCCUCACAUUGCCAGUGCCUCUUUCACCACACGGAAUGCCAUGUCAUCCCUGGCAGCCAAUAACCUGCUAGCUGGUCUGAGAGGGGAGCCAAUGGAAAAAGAGCUCAAACUGUAAUCCUUACCUGCACAUCCGACCACAAUUAGACCACAGACCACAGACCACAUACAGUCCUUAAGAGAACUUUGGUUCCACUUAAAAGGCAGAACACACACAUGGAGACACACACACGGAGACAACACCUCUCCUCCAAACUUCUGCAGGGUUCUUCACUUGCACAGACUCAUACUGGCCCGACCAGGGGAGCACUUCUCUGCAAUGUUUUUGUGAAUGAAGUUUGAGUAUAUGCCUCCCUACCACAUAAAUUACACCCAUUUAAGCCUGA